AUGUCAAAGAGUGAGUCUAGAAGUGGUGCUAAUGGUCCUUGCAGGACUUGCACGGAAUUCAAAGAUUGGAGCAAGAGCAAUCCUUUCGUCAACACCAAGUCAUCGGGAGUUCAGAAACAACACAAAGUUGAAUGUCCCCUUGAUAAGAAUGAAUUAGGACGCUCCACAUGGGGGUUCCUCCACACCAUGGCAGCACAUUAUCCAGAUUCUCCGAGUCAGGAUCAAGUACACGACAUGAAGAACUUCUUCACGCACCUGUCCAACUUCUAUCCUUGCGAAUACUGUGCCAAGGAUCUCAGGGAUGAGCUCAAAUUUGAUCCCCCUCAAGCAAAAUCCCAGCAUGAGCUGACCCAGUGGCUCUGUAGGCUACACAACAAAGUCAACGUGAAGCUGGGAAAGAAGGAGUUUGAUUGUACCAAAGUCAAUGAGAGGUGGAGAGAUGGGUGGCUAGAUGGGUCCUGUGAUUGA